AUGCUUCAAAACAUCUCUCUCCAGCUUGCCUUAUUGUGUGCUGUACUAGUCCUUCUUCAACUUACUAUGGCUGCUCCUAUGGGUAACACCAAUUUGGUUGAAGAAGCAGGUUCUAUUGGUUUGGACAAUCUGGCUCGUGCAAAUGGCGCUGUUGGUGGCGUAACUCAAUCUGGAGCAAGCCAAAGCAAAAGCAAGGAUGAAGAAGACUCUGAAGAAGACAAAGAAUCAAAUCCUGCUGACGAAAAAGUCAGAAAGAGCUACUUGGGUGGAAAAAGCGACACUCAGGGUCUAAAGCCAGCUGCUAUGGGCCUUUUAAACAAAUAA